CCUGGAACGCUCGAGCGCGCGCCCGCGGGUAGCGGCCAGACAGCCUCGUGCGGGGGCGGCAGGGCGGGGCGCGAGGGGCCGCGGCCGGGGCGGUGGCGGUGGCCGCGGGAGAUGCGGGCGGCUGCGGGCACCCAGCGGGCUGGGCUCGGCCGCCGCCGCCUUCUUCGCCUCCGCAGCGGUUGUCACCGUGGCUGCCGCGCCGUCCCGGAGGUGCCGGCGUGAGGAGGCGGUGGGCGGACAGCAGCAUCGAGUUCGCGGCGGAGACCCAGAGGGAGCCCCGCGCGCGGCCUCGCUCAUUGCUAUGGACAGCGCUAUCACCCUGUGGCAGUUCCUCCUGCAGCUCCUCCAGGAGCCUCAGAACAAGCACAUGAUCUGCUGGACCUCCGACAAUGGGGAGUUCAAGCUUUUGCAAGCGGAAGAGGUGGCCCGGCUCUGGGGAAUACGGAAGAACAAGCCCAAUAUGAACUACGACAAACUCAGCCGAGCCCUCAGAUACUAUUAUGUGAAGAAUAUCAUUAAAAAAGUGAAUGGCCAGAAGUUUGUGUACAAGUUCGUCUCUUACCCGGAGAUUCUGAGCAUGGACCCCAUGAAGGUGGGCAGGGUUGAGGGGGACUGUGACGCCUUCAGCUUCGGCGAGGUCAGCAGCGGCCCCAGAGACGCGGAGACCGGAGGGAGAGAGAAGCCGCCGCAGCCAGGGGCCAAGGCCUCCAGCCGCAACGACUACAUUCACUCCGGCUUAUACUCUUCGUUUACCCUCAACUCCCUGAACGCCUCCAAGAGGAAGCCUCUCAAGUCCAUAAAGAUCGAGAAUCCAGCUGAGAAACUGGCAGAGAGAAAAUCUCAGGAGUCAACACCAUCUGUCAUUAAAUUUGUAACAACACCUUCCAAAAAGCCCCUGGUUGAACCUGUUGUCGCCACCAUCUCAACCAGCUCAAGUAUCUCUCCAUCUCCGGAAGAAACCAUCCAAGUGUUGGAGACCUUGGCUUCCCCCAAACUGCCUGCCUUGGAAGCACCAACCUCUGCCUCCAGCGCAGCCCCCGCUUUUUCCGCCCCGCAUGUUUCCUCCGUGUCCCCUUCCUUUCAGCCUCCUAGAACGCCUUCCCCACCGCUGGGUUCCAACCCAGACGUCGACACAGACAUCGAUUCUGUGGCUUCUCAGCCCAUGGAACUGCCGGAGAACUUGUCUCUGGAGCCUAGAGACCAGGACUCAGCGUUGCCAGAAAAGGACAAGACACACAAUUCGUCCAGAUCCAAGAAGCCCAAAGGGCUGGAGCUGGCCCCCAUCCUCGUGAUCACGGGCAGCGACCCGAGCCCCCUGGGGAUACUGAGCCCAUCUCUCCCCACAGCUUCCCUCACGCCAGCACUUUUCUCACAGACGCCCAUCCUGCUGACUCCGAGCCCCUUGCUCUCCAGCAUCCACUUCUGGAGCACCCUCAGCCCCGUUGCUCCCCUCAGUCCAGCCCGGCUGCAAGGUGCUAACACGCUUUUCCAGUUUCCUUCUGUUCUGAACAGUCAUGGGCCUUUCACUCUGUCUGGCCUGGACGGACCUUCCACCCCUGGCCCGUUCUCCCCAGAUCCUCAGAAAACAUAACCUGUGCACUUGCAGAAUGAGCGAACCAAGGACUAAAGCAACAGACACGUGGCGUGGUUGCACUUGGAGUGAGCGUCAGUAGUUCCGAGGUGCUGAUGACAGACUCGUGUGACCUUUGCCACUCCUGUUGAAAUGCCUUUUUAGGAUCCCUUCCAAUGAGACUCACGUCGGACUAUGUUUAAAAAAUGCCUUAAUUGGAGUCCAAACUCCACCUCCCUCCUCUUCUCUCUCUUCUUUUCCUAAAAAAUAUUUUGAGCUUUGUAUUAAAGACAUUUUUGGUGGGGUUUAGCAGCUAGCUAUGCUUUGCGAGAGCAAUUAAGAACAAAGUUAUUCCUUCUGCCUUACUGGGACCCUUUGGCCCGAAAAAAAUAUAUACUUUGAGUAUAUUAUUUAAAGAAAUACUGGUUAAAUGAAAUUGGCCGUAUCUCUAAGACUGCACCAUUGAAUGACUACAAGUGAGCUAUGCAUAAGGAAUAGGGGAGGAAGAACCGUUUCUGCUCACACGAAGGAAGACUGGAGCAGUACUUUGGGGUGAUGCCGCUUUGCUAUGCGCUCUAACGUAGUAAAGCGGCUCCGCAGGAAGGCACCUUACUCACGUUUAUUCAGGGUGGUCUCUCAGCCACACGGGUGGCCUUGUCUCAGCCUGCCAGCAGAGCGUGGAGGUGGUCUGUUCAGCACAGGGGGAUUCUUAAAUCCGGGGUUCAGGAGUGUUUGGAACAACCAGUGAGAACGGGGGCCCGUGUCCAGCACAGGAAUGCUGGCCGCUCUCCACGUGUUGCGGUUGCACGCCCCUGGAGCGUGGCAUGGCAGACAAUGGCUUCUAGGAGAGUGUGCCCAGGUUUUGAAGUUCCGUGGCAUCUCAAGAGUAACAGAUUCAGUCAGAUAACUGGAAACUACACGGAGGGCUUUCCCCAGGUAGAGGAUACCUGGCACGCAGGACCCUUUCUCUUUUCUGUUCAUGUCUCCUCAUUUUCUGCUGGGUAGUUUCUGCUUCCCAGUUUACGGUUGUGAGAGGUCGUGAUAGUUUUAAAGAUGUAACUAGGAAGAUGAAAAGCGCAGUGAGGUUUCCAAAUCUGUAGUGAGGUAAAGAUCUGCUCGCUUCUCUGAAACUUUCUUUUUAAAUUAGGGAGGAGCAGAGUUCACUUGGAAACCCUCAUACACAGGGAUUAGAUCACUCAUAGUAGUAGAGAAAAAUUUAGGCUUUUGUCUCUCCCAUUACACAAUUUAUAAAAUAUUACCUUAUGGCAACUAAUGCCAGGUGCGGACAGCUUUGUCAGUCCCACCAAACUGAACUAAUACCAGCUGACAGUGGAAUCUUUUUAAAGUCCGGGAUUAGAUAUCAUAUGUGGGCCCCCCGCCCCCCCACUGUCCAUUAAACUGGUCUCACAACCCUGGAGAUAGUUCAUGUAAUUCAGUCGCAUGAACUAAAUGAAGGAGGGAGUAAUGACCAGGGCUCAAGUGACACUGAAACAAACCAGCAUCUUCCAGACUCGUGAUACUGUAGAUGAGUUCAGGGGCCGGGCGGAGAAGCUCCAGCGCAGGACUCCCCUGCCAGGCGGCAGGGCAGUGCUCAGGGAGCUGCCUUUGACUCGGGAGUCUCGGAGACCCGCGCUGCUUCGUCUGUGGUUCUGGGGUGACAGGUCUGCUUUGGAGACGUGCAGUAGCCGUGUGGAAAGGUGGUCGUGUUCAGCGGUGACGUGGGACAGACUGCCUGGACUUCUCCCCGGGUCGAAUCUCUUAGCUUGCGUGCCUGUGUGAAGUUAGACCUCUCAGCAGCACUUUGGAAUAGUUUUACUAAUAUUAGGUUGAUUAACAUUUUGUACAUUAAAUAAGUAAGUAUUGAUUGAUUGACUUAACUAGAUAUUUAACAUUUUGAAAGCACAAAAACUAUUUUUAUCUUUUGGUAUUAAAGGAGAAAAGCCAUUGGUCUGUUUUCGCAGACGCUGUCUGUAAUCUCUAACUGCCUCAGCACAGGGAUGCCUGGGAAGGGAGGACACCGCUGACACCGAGUCACAGCGGUUUCCCGGGAACCAGUUUCCGUGACUCCUCUGUCUGUAAGUCUGUCGCGGGAGCCUCUGGGAGGCGUGGGCCGCAGGAGGCUGAUGAUGACCUGCUUUCUCUUUGGAAUCAGCUAGUCUGGGGAAGCAUUUGUGUGUGUGCGUGUGUGUGUGUCUUUUUUAAAUGGAAGUUUACAACCUUGAGCUCAACUGUAUGAGGCAGGCCAUUCUAUGUGCAAGCUACCUCCUUCCUGCAACAGUAUCAGUUUUGUAUAUUUUGAACAUCCACAGAGUUCUUAGAACCCAGAGGUGACAUACCACUGACCAUCAGUAUUCCCUGGAGAGACAUACUUGGUAGCUGUAGCUGGUGGCCAUCACUGGUCACCUUGCCAGGAUGAAUGCUGGUGGGCAAAAGUGGCCUAAGGUAACACAGGGGAACAGGUGGAGUGAGUUUUCCAGACAGCUGCUGUGAUUUUCUCAGCUUUCCGUCUGCUCUGGUCCAGAUCUGCUCAGUUGUGCGCUGGGGAGUGUUUGACUGCCAGGCUCUCGGGAGGGAAAGGGGGCCCUUACAUUGUAGCAUUUGCUGAUUUCCGAGGUGCGAAUUACCCCCCAUAUGGCCGAAGCCACCACCUUGGCAUUGCGAAGGGAUGAGUACAGCCGUGUCCUCAGCCAGCAGCCCACUGCACUUACUCCACCCAGGGGUGGGUUUUCACAUAACUUCUAAAGCAUUUUUUGUUCUUGUGCUGACAUACAGAGUUAAAAUCCCACGUCUGACCUCAGUGAUCUCUUUUCCAUGGUCUGUUACGGUGCUUUUGUGGUGUCAGACUCUUCGUGGCGUGUUUCGUGUGUUCAAACAGAUGGAAAUAGCCGCUAAUUUUUAAAAAUUUAUAUGUAAUGGAAGAAUCCAGAAGCCCUCAAAAAGUCAAUCUUACACUUCUUAGAGUUGAAAUAUAGGCUUAAUUUUUCUACAUUUUAUGGUUAGAAAAUAGGUGUGACUUUUUUGUCUUCAAGUUUUGAUGGCCCAUGAGCCUAUGAAAUAAAAGGGUACUGGAUUUUUUUUUUUUUUAACUGAAAGAAUUCCUUGAAGAUUUACAUACUGUUUAAAGAUCCAAAAGGCAGGGCUGACUGUUGUUGCGUCUGUUUACCUGGCACAAUCUCUGGUUUUCUGCACGCUGUGAGUCACUUAGGCUGAGCAGGGAGAGUAAGUCAGAGGCUUGGUUCUGGAGCUGUGGCCACAGGCUGCUGGUAUCCCUGCCCCGCACCCCCCGGCUCUGGCCCUGCGUAAUGCCCAGUCUAAUGGCGUUUCACCCUGAUCUCAGAGUGUGUGUUACGAUUCUAGUUGUAGAAGGCAGUUUCGUGUGUUUCCAGUGAAUUUAAGCACAUCAGAGACUCUCACUGGCACUUCAGAAAAGCAGUCUCCACCCUUUUUGCACACACACCUUGAUCAGUAAGAGCUUUUGAACACAGAUUCACUAUUGCAAAUUCAUGUGUAUGUAUGUUACGUCAGAUACUGCUCUUCUAAAGUAAUGUGUACAUUAUGGGACAUGCACAAAAACAGAGAUAGGAUGGGUUGAAAAGUAAGUCUCGAGUAGAAGUUCUGGUACUUCUCCCUGCACCCAGCAGACUGGCUGGCAACACGCGCUGUCACGACACUGACUCAGAAUGUUGCUCCUCAGUCUGACCUGCGAGAAAAGACUUGGAUGCUUUUGUUGUGAGGUAUGGAGAAGUCCUUCUGUAUUUGAUCUGAUUGUCAUGUAAAAUUCUAGUAGAGAUAUGGGAUUUUUCAGGAGAAAAUUCAUGCUAAUUCUUUUUCUUCAGUCACCAAGUAACCCAUCGCCACAUACUCUCCGGGGCCCCGCGCACCGCUUUGGGCGGCCUCUUGUGUCCCUUCUCUUCAUGUCGGGUCUGACUCUGCUGCACUUGUACUUCACUAGCCUGCUUGCAGACUUCUUUUGGUCUUAUUAGUGUUACAUUUUACCAGUAAAUUCAGAAUUACUUCAAAUUGCUUUACGUUAAAAUACAUAAUAACCUCCAUUUUACUGCUGCAUUAGUAAGGGUUUUUUGUAACAUAUCAGCAUCUGAAGAUGAAAUACUCUCCCUGACAGGUCCACUCUGUGUACCCCUUCACUUUGUGCAUUUAUGUAUCUGUGCCAGAAGUCUAGAGUUGUGCUGAGGGGCCGUUCGCGGGUGUGUGAACGAGUGUGGGGACCAACGCAGGUCUCUGUGCAGAACCCCAGAGCUCUGAAGAAUUGCCAACCCAACGGGAAAGUGAAAAAGACUCAGGAUGUCACAGUCUGUUACCUGAGGUGUGACAGAAUAGAUUACUUCCGAAAAGGAAUUGAGAAAUUGAUUGUUUAAUCUGCAGUGGUGAAGUGGAGGUAAACCGUAGCUGCACUUCUUCAGCAGGCACUCGGACCAGAGAAGGGUUCUGCGGAAAGGGUUUGCUGAUUACUGCCUUGGUGUGGGUCAGCAAGCAAACGUCUUCUUCCUGGCUUCCGUGCUGCUGGCGAAGCCUGAAACCAGGUGCUCUGCUGUUGCUCUUAGGUCAUCAGAAUUCUGCUUUCUGAAGUCUGUGUUUUAAUCUUCGAAUCUAGAAAUCUUGUGGGUGGUAGUGUAUUAAGCAAGAAAAGAAGGCGGUUUGAUUUCAUUUCUCAUGCUUGAUGGAACCUGUUAGUAUAAAAGUCAUGUUUUGACCUGUGAACAGAGCAGAUCUGAAGGGCGCGUUGUUGAUGUAGUAUAAAUGUUCCAUUUGAAGCUGCCAGUUUCUUCAAGCUGCUUUUCUGAAGAAAGAAAAAAAAAGCGAUAGGUUGACAGCCAGCCAGAAAAAUAGCAAUUUCUAGGGUGCUGUCAUUCACCCCAGGCCGUGGUGGGAGACGGAAUCCAGAGUGGUUCCAAUCAAGGGGAAGGUCGGCUUUAACUUUCUGUAGAAGCCAGGGGAUUCAGGCUGCUGUUAACGUCAUUUAAAAUGAAACUUUGAACCAGAACAUUCAUGAGAGAUACAAUCAGACAUUGUAAAUCUCUUGAACCCUCUAGUCUUUUGAGUAUAAUAUACAUCAGGAAGUUUUGUGAGGUUUAAAAUUUUAGUUUUAAAUGCCUAAUUAGGAGACUAGAGCAUUUCUUUCCAAGUAUUUUGAUUUAUUGGCUGAGUACAUAUGUGUGUUUAUAUACUGAUGUAUGGCCUGAGUGUAUGUGUGUGUGCGUGUGUGUGUGUGUGUGUGUGUGUAUACACACACAAACAAUAAAUCUGUUUUUCAGAGGGAACAUACUAUUCAUCCUCUAGGAUGGCUCCUAGGCUAUUUUAUACUAAAACUUAAAAAAAAUUGGCGCACUUUGCAAUUGCCACUUUUUAAACAUUUAUGCCUUGCACAUUUCAGUUUUCUAAAAUGUAUAAAAUCAUAGGCCUUAAAGACCAGUUGCUUGCCAGCGUUUUAGGACCUCGGCGCCACAUGCAACGGACGCUGAGCAGCGUCAUCUUCAGCUCUUCGGUUCGUGUCUUACGGGGCAGUUGAGGGUGUCCCUUCUGAAGGUUUCUGCAUUUACUUUGCUUUUGUGUAGAACGCUUACCACGUUGGGUUCUAAGUUUCUCAGAGGAGAGGUGUAUGUGAGAAGCAGUGUUUCUGGAACACUGAUUCGACCGUGGAUUGAUGUGACAGUGAAGGGAUUAUUCUGGCACUGCAGCCUGAUUUAUCCUCUUGAACUGAUACAAGUAUCAGCAGAAACCUCAGAGCAUCUUGGGCCGAAUACUCUCCACCUUGCCUUGCGUUCCAUCUCAUCAGAGCCCGUGCUGGUCUUGUCCCUUCUGGGAUUCUGAGCCAUGCUAGGACAGGCCUGGGACCUUCUGGACGUGCGUGGGUGGGGGUGGCGGUGCCCCGUGGCUGGGCUGGAGUUCUAGCCACGGAAACAUUCAAGUACAUGCCUAGAGUUCAGGGGGGGGAAUGCCAUCUGUCGGUAUCAAAUCACUUGGCACUUUGGGGGGCGCCAUUGUUAGCACUGUUUCAUUUUUAAUAACUGGAAGCACUUAAUGAUUAUUUUGUUAGUUUACUUUCAGCUUAUGGAUAUUGAGGGUCAGGGAAGUAAGGUUUAUUUCUCACUUAUGUUUUCUGGAACUUAAGACUAUUUGAAGGAAGGGGUAAGGGGUUACCCGAGGAGCCUUUCUUCUGGCUCUGUGAGGUAGACCCUUUUGGCGAGGAUGUUUUAGAAUAAUUAACAAGCUUUAAUAUUCCGCUUUGCAGAAAUGUAUGACUUUUAAUGAUCUACAGUUGAUGUAUUAUACCCAGCUUUGUAAACUGUCCAAUUUUAAGUUUCUUUUCUGUAUAAUCGCUGUUGUUUAUGUCUGUUAUGUAGGGGACACAGUUCCUUUUAAGACAUUUCAUAUUUUUUGUUUUGGGGGCAGUAGUACCAAUGGCCUUUGUGUGUACAGAGCAGUCAUUGCUUAUGUGAUAAAGGAGCAUGUUUGAUAAACUUCCCUGCUCAGCAUCAGUGAAAUUAACAUGCAUGUAAGUAAAGAUAGAAAUCAAUACAAUUAACUUUUGAUUACUUAGGGCCUGUUGAUUCAGUUUGGCCCUUCAGCCUUCUCUAAUUAUAGUCCUGUCUGUUUCCUCACUUUUGCCUUCUAGCAGUUUAAUUUAUCCUUGUGGGUAGGGAAGAUUAAGUGCAAAACUCAGACCUGUCAUUUUGCUACAGGUUAGCUUUGGUUUGAGGCAAUAAAAUUUUUGACUAAAAUUAGUUUUUUUAAAUUAUGCCCUUUAUGCACCAAAUAAUCAAGUUGGCUAAAAGUAAAAAGUGUAUAACAAACAACUUUUUUAUGAGUCCUACUGGACCUUCAGGUGUGGACAUUACUUGAAAAUUAAAAGCUGUUUUUUAAAUAAUAAACUUGUUGUCUCAUGCACCCAACCUGUAACUCAGAGGGCAAGCCUGCCGCGGUGCAGACACAGAAAAGACACGUUUUUGGGCUGGCGUGUCAGUGUUGGGAUGCGUGGUGACGGGAACCUGCCAGGGUGCUUUCCAUAAACCUAGAUCGGCUCUGCUGAGAAGACAGUUACUUCAUUUUUGAUUUCCUCUCGUUUAUUUUUUGAAAUCUGUCUCAUAAUAUCCAUUAUCCACCAUUUUUAUAAACAGAAUGCUUAUCUAUAAAAUGCAAGUGCAUACCUACCCAAAGGAAAGAAUAACUGUUAAAGUAACUUAAUUUCAUUGUAAUUUACAUUAGGGAGACUUACAAAGGUUUAGAGUCACUGUUUUCUUCUUUUUUCCAAAAAAGCUAUUAAAAAGAUGGUAACUGCUAACAUGGAUUAAAAUCGCAUUAAUUUUAUUGUGACCAAGAGAGACUGCCAUCUCUCCCGGCCAGGCAGUCUGACCUGACGAACCUGCUGGGAAACAAAGGGAUGUUGCUUUAGAGUUGACGAGCAUGACUGUGGCUGGGGUCCUGAGUUCUGUUCAUUUGCGACAAGAAACUUCACACCAGGUUUAGGUGGGGGAGGGGGCUGGUGCACCAGCACCGUGAGAGCUUUAUAAUGUGCUGCUUUUCAAAGACAAAAAGUGUUCCUUCCGACAUGGUAACGGUUGCCCUGAAUAACUAAUCAGGUGAUCUUUUUUUCUAUUGCUUUGAAUUUUAUGCAAAGAUUUUUUAAAAAAUUCUGAAAUGGUGAUAUGCAUCUUAUUAGAAAGAUGAUACAUUAAAAAAUAUUUUAUGUAAGAACUGACAGGAAUUUGCUUUGUAUAAUGGCUAGCUAGCUUUAAGAAAGCACUGUAGAAAAUUUAUUAAAGUCCAAAAUUAUAUAGAUAUGUUAAUAGAUAUAUGUGCAACUAGAUAUGGACAAUUGUAUUUUUUUAAAUAAAUAUUUUUAACAAAA